CCCUGCUCUCUACCAGUGUUCCUGUUGCCAUGCGACCAGCCUCAGGGGAGUGGGCCCAUGGUGCCCGCUGGGAAAGGAAAGGUGGCUGUUCUGGAGCCUUUGCCUCUUCUGCUUCGCUUCUUCCACAGGCCGGGGCUAGGUGGUACAGUGGAAAGUCUAGACAGAAGGGUCUGCAACUAAUAAAGCCCCUGGGCAAGUCAUGUAACUUCCCUCAGUUCCAUCCUCUACAAGAUGGGCCUUAUAGUCGCUAACCAGUUCAUUGACCUUGUGUGGACCAAAUGAGAUGGUUAACGUGAAAGCCCUCUGUGAACCUAAAAUGAACAGCUAUAGGGUGAACGUAAUCAUGGGCACCAGCUCGUCCUCUCCUCAACUAGUGCACUCACACCCAGGAACAGAGACCUCCCUGACCACUGGGGCCCCCCGGGACGAUGAAGAUGCCACAGUCAACAAGAUUGCGCUCGAGCUCUGCACCUUUACCCUGGCGGUCGCCCUGGGUGCUGUCUUGCUGCUGCCCUUCUCCAUUAUCAGCAAUGAGGUGCUCCUCUCACUGCCUCGGAACUACUAUAUCCAGUGGCUCAACGGCUCCCUCAUCCAUGGCCUCUGGAACUUCGUUUUUCUCUUCUCCAACCUGUCCCUCAUCUUCCUCAUGCCCUUUGCGUACUUCUUCACUGAGUCUGAGGGCUUCGCUGGCUCCAAAAAGGGUGUCCUGGGCCGGGUCUAUGAGACGGUGGUGAUGUUGAUACUCCUCACCCUACUGGUGCUGGGCAUGGUAUGGGUGGCAUCAGCCAUUGUGGACAACAACAAGGCCAGCAGGGAGUCACUCUAUGACUUCUGGGAGUACUACCUCCCCUACCUCUACUCCUGUAUCUCCUUUCUUGGGGUCCUGCUGCUCCUGGUGUGUACUCCACUAGGACUCGCCCGCAUGUUCUCAGUCACCGGGAAGCUACUGGUCAAGCCUCGGCUGCUAGAAGACCUGGAGGAGCAGCUGCACUGCUCAGCCUUUGAGGAGGCAGCUUUAACCCGCAGGAUUUGUAAUCCCACCUCCUGCUGGCUGCAUUUGGAUAUGGAGCUGCUGCACAGACAGGUCCUAGCUCUGCAGACACAGAGGGUCCUGCUGGAGAAGCGACGGAAGGCCUCAGCCUGGCAGCGGAACCUGGGCUACCCCCUGGCCAUGCUGUGCUUGCUGGUGCUGACGGGCCUCUCUGUGCUCAUUGUGGCCGUCCACAUCCUGGAGCUGCUCAUCGAUGAGGCUGCCAUGCCCCGGGGCAUGCAGGAUGCCUCCCUGGGCCAGGUCUCCUUCUCCAAGCUGGGCUCCUUUGGUGCCGUCAUUCAGGUUGUACUCAUCUUUUACCUGAUGGUAUCCUCAGUCGUGGGAUUCUACAGCUCCCCAUUCUUCCGGAGCCUGCGGCCCAGAUGGCACGACACAGCCAUGACACAGAUAAUUGGGAACUGUGUCUGUCUCCUGGUCCUAAGCUCCGCACUUCCUGUCUUUUCUCGAACCCUGGGGCUCACUCGCUUUGACCUGCUGGGUGACUUUGGACGCUUCAACUGGCUGGGCAAUUUCUACAUCGUGUUCCUAUACAACGCAGCCUUCGCGGGCCUCACCACUCUCUGUCUGGUGAAGACCUUUACCGCGGCUGUGCGAGCAGAGCUGAUCCGGGCCUUUGGGCUGGACAGAUUGCCAUUGCCUGUCUCCGGUUUUCCCCGGGCAUCUCGGAAGACCCAGCACCAAUGACUUCCAGCUGGGGGUGGGAGGGAGAAAACUGGACACUGCCAUCUGCUGCCCAGGCCUGGAGGGGCGCCCAGGGGUGGGUGGACCUCAGGACCUGGAAUCUGAGAGGGUGGUAGAGGGGAGCUGAGCUGCCUGCACUGUUGCAUAAUCUGAGCCAGAGUUUGGGACCAAGCCCCCCUGCUUUUCCAAAUUUAACUGUGGGCCUCAGCAUGGGAUGGGGCUGGGUGACUGGGUCUGGUCCCUGGUCCCAAAUCUGUUUACACAUCAAUCUGCCUCACUGCUGUUCAGGGCCAUGCCCGUAGCCAUGUUUACAUGAUUUGAUGUGCAAUAGGGUGGGGUGGGGACAGGGGAGAAACUGAGCUGGGGGUAGACUUGGGAGGCAGAUUGUCUCCCUUACCUCUGGCCCAGCAGAGCCUAAGCACUGUACUAUCCUGGAGGGGCUUUGGACCAUCAGAGAGACAAGGGCGUAGGGAAGAAGACACCACAACCAUCAGCAAUAAAGUUGAUCCCAGGGUUUGCUUUGGUUUUUUAAA